AUGAUUAGCAGAACGCAUGACGUCAUGAGCAUUGGUAAAGUAAACAAUCUUCACAACCAUUCCAUAAUGAGCUUCCUCGAAAGCUUGAAAUUUGAACCAGCUUGUUUGCUUGAUCUCGAUGUAAUCGAUCACCUUGAACAAACUUCGUACCACCCUGAUGAGGCUGCCACACGCGAAAAACUUAAAAAUCGCAUUGAAUAUGCUGCCCACAGUGGCCCAGAAUUAUUUCUAGUCGCCAAAGACAAAGAAACCAUUGUUGGCUUUGUAUGCACCACACUCUCGCGUUCUGAUCUUCUCACCGAGGAAUCAAUGGAUGUUCACGAUCCCGAAGGAAAAACCGUAUGUCUUCACAGCGUCUGCGUUGCCCCUGAAUAUCGCAAGCGCGGUGUCGCCACACAUCUUUUGAACACUUGGAUUGGUAUCCUCCGUCACCACAAUGAGCUCCAGACCCCUAAGAAAUAUGAGCGUGUUGCUAUCCUCAGCCGUCCUAACCUUUUGUCUCUUUAUGGUUCUGUUGGAUUCAAAAACCUUGGAAAGAGUGAGGUAGUUCAUGGCCCUGAGCCUUGGUACGACUGCAUUCUGGAGCUUUAAUAUUUAAUUCAAUAUAUAAAACAAAAAUAAUAUAAUAUAAUAUAAUAUAAUAUCAAGUAAAAGAAAGUAAAAUAAAACAAAACAAAUUCAAGUCGAAUUAUUCGCUAUCACUGUUUUUAUCACUGUCG